AUGUCUAGCCAACCAGUCAACCUCGUCUCAGUGAACACGGCGCCGGAGCGCGCCCAGAAAGUCAUCGGCGCCGUCAUCGACAACGUCAAGGACAAGUACACGAUUGUACACGCCGGCAACUCGACCACGAUCGAGGGCGUCAAGCCGCUCCUGCUUAGUGUGCAGCCACCACCAGGGAUUCUGUUCUGCGCAUCGAUGUGGACGCCGGUCGAGCAGGAGGAGAUCCAGCGGAUCGCGCGCGAGACGAUCCCCGGUAUCAAGACGCACGCGAUCCCCACCGGCCUCCAGGUGCAGGUUGGUCCCGACGGGGUCGUCAAGUAUCUCAUGGAGCGCAUCGACGACAUCAUGAAGGCGUAG